UUCACAAAGAGGAUACGGAUAGAUCCUAUUCCAUGAUUUUGGGCCACAACAACCCAGUAGGCCCAGUCGAUUCAGCUUAUGGUUUGGCGUGUAUAUAUAUAUAUAUACACACGACAUUGCGCGCCAUCUGUUUGAUGAAAUGGCUGAAUGAAGUAGGCUGCCAUAACUGAUCUGAAUUCGCACUCUGUUUGUUUGGUGCAGUUUUGAAAUUUGAGAGGUGAGAUGAUGAGAAGGCAGGGGCAGGGACGGGGACGGGGACAGGGACAGUAUGGUGAUUCGGGUGCGAAUGCGUAUGCGGCCGGUGCUCCGAUGCAUCAUAUGUCCGGUCAAAGGAUGGAGCACACGUCUAGUGAUUUCGAAGGAAGGAUGGAAGCUUUCACUCCACCUCCAGAGACGGACAAUCCAUUUGCAACUUCCAAAUCAGACGGCCAAUGGAGAUGGGAAAGAGAUGGAUCAAUGGGGUCAAAUCCACUCACAUCUCAUAUGUACAAUGAAGGUCAAGGAGGUGAUACAUCAAGAUCCUAUUUCCAAGGUCAAAGGACUGAUUCAAAACAUACUUUGGAGAAACAGAGCAACAACGAUUCCCGAUCUCAACCUCUUAAUGAGGAGAUGGACCUUGUAUAUGAGGACAAGCCUUCGUCGCAGACUUUUGAAGAUCUUGAGAAGAAGUUCCUUGAUGACAUUAGAAAUCUAGCCAAGGAACAAAGUGAUGCGGAGAAUGCGGAAUAUGCUAGGCAUAGAGAGAAAAUUGGCGCUGUCAAUGCUCAAUACCAAGAACAGCUAGCAUCACUUCGGUCACGGCAUGCUAAACUCAGAGAUGAAUUACUUGAGAGGGAAUCAAAUGCCCGACGACAUCAAUACCAGCAAUCCGUGAUGGAUCGUUACCCGAACAGCAGCAUGGUCCCCUCUGAUCAUCGUGGGUACAGUGGACCUGCAGCCUCGGCUCCUGUUGGCGAAGCACGCCGAGGCUAUAAUACUGAUCAAUAUGAUUCAUACAAUGAGCGAGCUCGAUUUCUUGGAGGUUCUCGGGAUCAUGGGUUUGAGUCUAGAGGUCCAUAUCCCGGUGGCCGAGUCUAUGAUACCGGGUCACGGUACUACUGAUUCAGCGUGUAUUUGGUCAGGCAGCUUAAUAUACUAGUAAGAUAUUAACUGUGAUGAUGUUUUAACUAAUUUUGCAGUGUCAUUUUGGUAUGAUGUUUUCCAGAUGCUGCUAUUUGAUGUCUAGCAAAUAGAUUCGAGACUAA